GCGAAGGACGAGCGUAAUUUAUUGAAUUUAACGAAGAGGUUCGCCAGCAUUUUCUUCCCAAACAGCUACAAAACUCUGCCAGAUUGAACCACAGAUUAUCUCUCAACUUGUUUUGUUUGUUUAUGAAUUAUUCUGAGACGCACUGGAUUAUAUUUUUGAUGGUAUGGCAUCUUCUGGUUGAUAAUGGAGUCGAUAUAAAAGUCUAAAUGUACUGCAAACGUUAGGUCAUCACAAAUCUUCAACCAACUCGUAAUAUCGAGUUGAUAAUAACUUUACUAACGGUAAAAAUACCACUAGCAGUUUUGUAGCGAAGAGCUUGGCUCUCGAUCCAUCGAAUAUACCCAAGACUUGUCAAAGAAAUCUACCUGAUUGCCAAGACGACAAUUCGAUUCGAUUCGUCGUAGAAAAGGAAAUCUUUCAAGCUGGCCAUUUCUUCACCCAUCUACUGUUCCUACAAACCUUGCUGUGGACUGRUCGAUCAUUUGGCUUCUAUUUUUUCCAUCCUUGCAAAUAUAUCUCUKUUAAAUGCCAUCGUACAUCGUGGAGUUGGUUGUACAAGUCUAGGAAGCUAUUUCGAAUCAAGCGUAUUAACUUCGUCUCAAAUGSAAGUGUCGUUGUAAUCCGAAGUUGCUACUAAAUUUAGACUGACUAGAUUGAAAAUAUUUAGUCUAAUAUAAAGACACAAGUACACCGCGAGAAGGAUUUUCUUUUCUUUUACUUCUUAAAGAAAUAGUCUAUCAGGGAAAUUGUUAUAAAUUCGCCGUCAAUUUUACUUGUCACAAUUUCUCCAAGCUCACUAUUUACUGUAUCCUGGGGUUAGUUUUUCGCUAUAAAUACACUUACGCUUGUCAAAGGGCUAGCUGUUGUUGUAUAURAUUAAUUAUUUGCUGCUUGGAAUCAUCUAGACGGCUUAAAGAACUUUAUGGUGGAUCUUCCAACUUUGAUUAAAUGUAAACAAACAAGCCAAGGUCUCACGAAUCGAACGAGAAGUUGUAAAAUGUUKAUUCUGGCAAUAUCCACCUAUGGAUCUCAAUAACCCGGAACAUCAAACCAAGACAAACAAAAAGGAAAAGGAAAUUCUACCUAGAGGUURAUAAAAAAUCAGAAAAACUACACUAUGGCGGAGAUUAUGAAUGAGAGUGGAAACAGCAAAAGUAUGAUCUACUUUGUCAAAUGUUUGCAAAAAGCUGCAGAAUUCCGAACGAACGAGGAAGCGGAGACAAUUUUCCACCAUUUGCGAGGAAUGAAAGCCAUGGGAGGUUACCUUGAGUCAUCUGUCAGGGUCAUGUCGCAGACUGCAAGAUACGAAGAAUAUGACUCAAAUUUCCUUCUUUAUCAUUCCAAUGACUAUGCUUCCUGUUGGUAUAUUUUACUCACUGGUUGUGUGUUUUUAGAAGGAUGCAUGUAUCUACCUGGAAGCAGUUUUGGUAAACAGCCCCAUGGUGCAGAUGGUACAAGGGGAAMUGACUGUCUGGUAUUAGAGCGAUCUGGAAUGAUAGUGAUUGAUUAUCCUCAUGAGAAUCUCCUACAACCAUUCCAAAGACAUUCUUACUCAACUUCAGAGCUUGAAAAGCUCCUUGCGCUUGAAUCAAAGGAUUUUCUUGUAGGAGGACCAGUUCCUGAAGAUGAAAAGCUUCCAAUGGAAUUGCAACAAGUAAAGGAUAUCUUGCUACGAAGUGAGCACAAUCUAAAGAAAAAAGAAGAUAAAGAAAACAAGGCACAUGCUGCACUAGAAACAAAAUACAGUCACUCCUCUGAACACUUAGAGCUGGACUUAUCUGGACUGGUAGAGAGUAUUGUUGAUUCUGAUGAUGAAGAGGAAUCUGCUUCCCAUUCUUCACAAGAGUCUUUCAUGGUCAGAGAUGUCGUUCGAGACUGCCUGGAAAAAGAACCCUCGGAAAGAACCGAGAGUGACAUUGAAACCCUUAUGGACUUCAUGCAACAUCUGCCAGCGUUCGCGAACAUGACGCAGAACGUACGUCGUGCUYUGUGUGCUGUCAUGGUGUUUGCAGUGGUGGAGAAGGCUGGCUCGGUUGUCAUGGAGAAUGGAGAAGAGCUUGAUUCUUGGUCUGUUAUUCUCAACGGCUCAGUCGAGAUUUUUGUCGAUGGAAAAGAGACAACGGGUCUCCAUCUUGGCGAUAGUUUUGGUGUUGAACCGUCCCUGAAGAAGAUGUUACACAAGGGCGUGAUGAAAACACGUGUAGAUGACUGUCAGUUUGUGUGCAUCGCUCAAACAGACUACUACCGAAUCCUAACCCAAGGCAAGUCAAAUAUCAAGGUCAUAGAAGAAGGGGGCGAGGUUGUCAUGGUGACGGAACAUCGAAGUACGGAUGGUGGUAACAGAGAAGGACAAGUUGUGAUCAAGGCUAAACCAGAAAAGCUGAUAUCCCAUUUGGUAGAGGAUCAUUCAGUUAUCGAUCCAACKUUCGUGGAAGAUUUCCUUCUAACAUUUAAAACCUAUUUCGACCAGCCAAGCCAGAUCUGCGGUCGUCUUCUGUCCUGGUUUCUCAGUAAAGACCAUCGCGAUAAGGUAACUCGAGUGAURCUUCUAUGGGUCAACAACCAUUACACCGACUUUGAAGGUGACACCGCCAUGGAAAACUACCUCGAGACGUUUGAGGUGGGACUUGAACAACAGAAAAUGAGUGGUCAAUUAGACUUACUGAACAUGGCGUGCUCAGCCAAGGCAAAAAGCCGCGUUAUCGUUAUGGACCGUCCCUCGUGCAAGCAUAACUGGGGGUUCUGGAUGGCUGGAGGAAAAGAAAUGUCACUCCCGAUUUUCGUUUCCAAGGUCGAAACAGGAUCACUAGCAGCAAAAGCUGGUAUAAAGAGAGGAGAUCAGAUCCUAGAUGUUGACGGCAAGUGCUUCGACAACCUGACCAACGACAAGGCUCGUGAAAUGGUGUCUUCGUCAACACACAUCAAACUAACUCUCAAGAAAAACAUCGCAGGAUUUAAAGAGCUACAAUCUUCACCUGUUAUUGUAACAGGAGACCAUGCAAAGAACGACAAUCAUGGAAUUGAAAAGCCCGAGUAUGUCCAACGUAGCUCUUCUGAUUGCACAGAGAAGAGGAACCAUAUGCAAACACGACUCUCAGCUCCUGAUAUAACCUCAGGAUCAAACAGAAAGCCACCGAUUCCUAUGCAAACUCAAUCCAAAACUGAUAAAGUAAAGAAAGCCCUGACGAAGUUUUCAACAUUGGGUUCUCUUUCAAGACAGUACAAGUUAAUAUCGAAGAGUGAUCGUGAUCUGACAAGUGUUGAUUCUGGUUUUCACGAGGGAGACGAGGUUCAUAACUCAGCUAGAUUAGGGGUUAAAGUGCACACUCGUGGCUCUAUUCCCAGAGCAUUUGGAUCCAUGGAAAGCCUUAAUACAGUAGAGGGCCAGACUAACGAGUACCCUGAUAAGGUUCUGAGGGUGUAUAAAGCUGAUCAAACAAGCAAAUACUUCCUUAUAUACAAGGAGACAACAGCAAGAGAAGUCAUCGAUAUGGCACUAGAAACGUUUGGUCUUCCAACAAAUGCUACAGAAGAGUAUUCGCUAUGUGAAGUCACUGUAGAAGAACAUGGUCUUGUACGACAAAGGCGUCUACCUGAUACUCUAACAAACCUGGCUGAUCGAAUUGGCUUGAAUGCAAGAUAUUACUUAAAGAAUAACAUGGAGACUGCGCAGUUGUUACAAGGAGAUGCAACGCAGGAAUUAGCAAAAGAAGGACAAGUGACUUUGUUAGGAUUAAAUACUCAAGAGGUAGCGAAACAACUUACUUUAAAGGAUUUCGAGUUGUUACGAAGCGUAGAUUCCCGCGAGUACAUCUAUGAUGUCUGGGAAUUCCCUCCAGAAUUAUGGACCAAUCUAAGCAAGUUCUCAGACAUUGUUAACUACGAGACGAUGUGGGUGGUCACCGAGAUCUGUAGUGAACCUAGUCUAGUCAAAAGAAUGAAGCUUAUCAAACACUUUAUCAAAAUAGCAAAAUAUUGUAAAGACUGUAAAAAUUUUAACUCUGCAUUUGCGAUUAUAAGUGGAUUGGCUAACAUGUCUGUAAGACGGUUAAAGAAUACAUGGGACAGACUACCGACUAGAUAUAACAAGAUGUACGAGGAUCUCGAGAAUCUGAUGGAUCCUUCGCGCAGUAUGUUCAAGUACAGAAGUCUCGUAAACAGCGCAAACGUUUCACCGCCAUUGAUUCCGUUUUUCCCCGUCAUUAAACGAGAUCUGACUCUGAUUUACCUCAACAAUAAGAGCGUGGUUGACGGCCUUGUGAAUUUCGAGAAACUUCGUAUGAUAGCAAGAGAAGUUCGACAAGUCGUCAAGUGUCAUUCAGUACCAUAUGACCCCGCGACCAUGUUCGACCAGGAUUCUAAUGCCUCCCAGAGUAAGACAUCACAAGUCGUUGGCAUGGUAACCAGUGGUACCACGUGGGGACGUCGAUCUUUAGCACGUGACCAGAACCCGAAGAAAAUGUUUGAAGAGGCUGUGAUGACAAGGCGUGUCCAAAAAUACCUGGACAAUCUUCUCGUUAUUCUAGAUGAAGAUAAACUACGAGAAAUGUCCAAUGCGUGUGAACCCGCACAGGGGUCGGGUCCACCUAGUGUACAAACUAGACGGAAAAACUCUCCAGCAACCUCUCCUACAGUAGUGAAGAAAGAAAAGAAAAACAGCAACAGACAAACAGAACCUUCGCCUCUUGCUUCAAGAAGAGAUCAGCCCAUAGCUCCUGACCGCAUAUCUGUCUCCUCUACAACAAGUACAUCGUCGUCUCUCCCUGAUCCCCACUCGCCCAGACCAGUCUACGAACCACCAACAGACGUUUUCCAUGAAUCCGACUCUUCUUCUUCUCUACGUGAAGAAUUCAAAGUACCUUCUUCUCUACGUGAAGAAUACCAAGUACCAGACUCGCGGGUAACGACGUUACCUCACGGUUAUAGCAGCGAUAUAUCAAUACGAUGCACCCAGACACACGAACAUAUAGAAACUAGAAGAACUAGAUUUGAUUACCCAGAUAAUGCAGAGAGGUUUCCUAUCGAGUAUUCCUAUCCUGCAACCUACCAAGAUGAAAAUCUAAAUGCAGAGUCUUAUCAUCGAGGGAGAUACAAAUAUCAGCAUCCUCCCAAAUACACUGUAGAAUAUAUCCAAGAUUUUGAUGAGUCAGAAGAGGGCCAAGUAUCAGCCGUGUAGCGCCGUACAAACUGAAUCAAUAAAAAUAUUAGGGAUUAUUAGAACAUUUUAGACUUCAAAAAGUCGUUA